ACAACACUGCAACGACAACUUGUUGCCCAGGCAACGCUAGAAAUAUAAACAAUUAUUUUUAUAAUGAUGGAUUGGGCUGAGGAGCUGAAAAUGACCAUAAGAAAGACGACGGCGCGCAAGGGCCGCCGCUCCAAGAGUCGCGAUGUGCUCAACGAGGCUGGAGGCUCCUCGAGUGCCGCGUCUACACAGAAGCUGAACAAGGAUAUAUCUAUUGAUAUAACGCUGGAUAUACACAAUGAGAGCAGCAGUCCCACGACCACGCCGACAACAUAUAAUAAUGAAUUCGAUUCGAAUCGGCCGCCCAUAAGACGCGUCUCGGGCGGUUGGGCGGACACGGGCUUAAAGGGCCUCAAAUCGAAGAAGAAUUCGUUUGAUGACGAGCGUUUUCAGGUAACAAAAUCGGCGACAAGCACAAUACCCACAGAUGAUAUACCCAUUAUACCGGACUUGGAUGAUGUCAGGGACGAUUUUAUGCUGAACGAAAUAGCCGAUCCUCCGCCCGUCCGUUACAGCCAUGAAGUUGCCCUCAAGGAGUUGAGCUCUGAUCUGCUCUCGCAGAAUGCGUUCUCGGCUAUUGAGGACGUCGACUUGUCCAUGUUGACGCGUUGCUUGCACGAUCAAGAAAGUCUGGAUGAGCCGGACGAGCUUUGGGAAUGGGAUAGACUCUUCACGGAGGUCACGGCUCAAAUAAAUUCGGAUAAGACACUAAAGGCUGGUGUGCCGGAAAAGCUGGAAAUCGGGCCUGAUGUGCUACCGCCAACGGUUAAAUAUGAUUAGGCAUACAUUUGUAAUCAGAAAAUUAAAAAUAAAUGCAAUA